AUGGCGGUCACUACACUGAAGAGAUUCACAUGCUUUCCCCAACUACCUCUCGAGCUCCAGAUGAUCAUUUUGUCCUUUUGUCCCUAUGUCGACAAGCAGGUCAUUAAUAUCACAGACGAACGUGAUGUAAUUCUAGGUAGAGGUUCAUAUAGAAGCAUCUCUAGAGGAGAACAUAGAUCGAAUCAACUUGCCGUGGAUUUCCCAGAAGCAAAUUUUAUCGAUGUCCAGUACAAUGUUCCCUCACCUUUUCAAAUCUGCCAAAAGUCCAGAAACGUUGCUCUUCAGCAUUACCGACGAGUUGCUACUACAUAUGGCGAUACCAAGUACGGAUCACAUUUCUACAUUAACCCUCAUCGAGAUUCCAUUUUUUUUGAGGACAUAAUCACCGUUUUACCAUUUUCCGACCUCCCGACAAUUGAUUUUUGGAGGUUUAACGGAAAAACUCUUUCCACUCCCGACGGCGGAACUCUCUGUACUUCAGUGGCCACUUAUUGGGCCAAGACUGAGCCUCCAAGUGUCGAUCAUCUCAUGUAUACACUGUCCAAACUCCCAGAAGUUAAACAUUUAUACUUUCUUAAUUGCCCUUCUGGACCAUUCCCUGUGUCAAGUGUGUCGCAAUAUAUCAUACAGUGGAUGAGCAGGGAUAGAAUGGAGGAGCUUGCUCAGGUAUACAUAAAUUUGCUAUUGGGGGUUACAAAUGGUGGAACGCUUGAUUGUUCACCAGACUCAACAGAUAUCAAGGAACGCAGGGGUAUCUUCCGGAGCAGCUGGGUGUUGCCGAUAUUAGAAGAUCCUUUGGCCAAGACUAAAAAUGUGAAGGAUCGAGAAGCACGAGCAUAUUAA